GGAGGCGGGACUGUGUGGGAUCAGGAGGCGGGACUGUGUGGGAUCAGGAGGCGGGACUGUGUGGGAUCAGGAGGCGGGACUGUGUGGGAUCAGGAGGCGGGACUGUGUGGGAUCAGGAGGCGGGACUGUGUGGGAUCAGGAGGCGGGACUGUGUGGGAUCAGGAGGCGGGACUGUGUGGGAUCAGGAGGCGGGACUGUGUGGGAUCAGGAGGCGGGACUGUGUGGAGGCGGGACUGCCUACUGGUUGCCAGAGAGAGCUUACUGUGGCGGGCGCUCUGCUCGGUAGAUGGCUCUGGGACCAGGAGGAGACGGGACUGUGUGGAGACAGGACUGCCUACUGGUUGCCAGAGAGAGCUUACUGUGGCAGGCGCUCUGCCCGGUAGAUGCCACUGGGCUCUGGGACUAGGAGGAGACAGGACUGUGUGGAGACAGGACUGCCUACUGGUUGCCAGAGAGAGCUUACUGUGGUGGGCGCUCUGCCCGGUAGAUGCCACUGGGCUCUGGGACUAGGAGGAGACAGGACUACCUACUGGUUGCCAGAGAGAGCUUACUGUGGCGGGCGCUCUGCCCGGUAGAUGCCACUGGGACCAGGAGGAGACAGGACUACCUACUGGUUGCCAGAGAGAGCUUACUGUGGUGGGCGCUCUGCCCGGUAGAUGCCACUGGGCUCUGGCACCAGGAGGAAGGUUGGAGCAGAAGAACAUGGGGGAAGAUGUAGAGCCCUUCUGACUGAAGAUGGAGAAUCUGUUACAGCCCUUCUGACUGAAGAUGGAAAAUCUGUUACAGCCCUUUUGACUGAAGAUGGAGAAUCUGUUACAGCCCUUCUGACUGAAGAUGGAGAAUCUGUUACAGCCCUUCUGACUGAAGAUGGAGAAACUGUUACAGCCCUUCUGACUGAAGAUGGAGAAACUGUUACAGCCCUUCUGACUGAAGAUGGAGAAUCUGUUACAGCCCUUCUGACUGAAGAUGGAGAAUCUGUUACAGCCCUUCUGACUGAAGAUGGAGAAUCUGUUACAGCCCUUCUGACUGAAGAUGGAGAAUCUGUUACAGCCCUUCUGACUGAAGAUGGAGAAUCUGUUACAGCCCUUCUGACUGAAGAUGGAGAAACUGUUACAGCCCUUCUGACUGAAGAUGGAGAAUCUGUUACAGCCCUUCUGACUGAAGAUGGAGAAUAUGUUACAGCCCUUCUGACUGAAGAUGGAGAAUCUGUUACAGCCCUUCUGACUGAAGAUGGAGAAUCUGUUACAGCCCUUCUGACUGAAGAUGGAGAAUCUGUUACACCCCUUCUGACUGAAGAUGGAGAAACUGUUACAGCCCUUCUGUUACCUUCCAUGUGAAGCAUCCAUGUGGGAAAUGACAUGUCUGUCUGUGAUGGCCAUGAGCAGCUUGGAGGGCAGUGCCACCGAGGCCGUUCAGAUCUGGACACCAGAGACUCCGAGCUGGUUGUAAGGACAUGGGACUCUCCCUCAGAGUUAGCGACAGGCUCAGCAGCACGAGACGUUACAGUGACAAACCAGCGGUGGCGCAGGACUGCUGCCCUCAGAGCGUUCUCAUCCCCUGCAGGACGUCCCCACCACAGGCCCAGCAGCUCCCAGACCCCAGUAACAGCAGUGUUGUAUAGAGACUCUCUGUAAGCUGUGCGUCUGAUGAGGAUGUCUGAUCCUGUUACUGUAAAGGACAUCAGUAGGACUGAGACCAUGAAGGUUUGUGAGGCUGGAGUGGAGCUGGAGGCAGCAGACUGGACCGACACCACAACAUUAGGAGCAGACAGCAGACAGAAUGGUGUGAAGGACAAACCCAAACCGGCUGGGAGCCUGGUGCCGGAACACAAUGCCACCGGUCACCAAGACGGAAGCUGCUGUGACAACAAGAGGGAAACGUCACAGCAGCAGUCUCCUGUAUCAGCUGGCCAGUCGGUGAGGGGCUCCAAGUCCAGGGCCAAGGUAAAGUUAGUACGGAGCCUGGCUGUCUGUGAAGAGUCCUCUCCUCCCUUUCUAACUGCACACCAGCUGACACCAGAUCCUCAGAUAUCCCAGUCCUUUGAUAAGGAGGAGCUGUCUGCCAAGGAGGAGAAAGAGAAGGUGGAGAAACCAGAGAAGAUGUCCCGGAAAAUGCUGUCAAGAGAUUCCAGCCAGGACUACACAGACUCUACUGGAAUAGACCUGCAUGAGUUCCUGGUCAACACUCUAAAGAACAACCCCAGAGACAGAAUGAUGCUGUUGAAGUUGGAGCAGGACAUUCUGGAUUUUAUCAGUAAUAAUGAAAGCCAGAAGAGGAAGUUCCCUCCCAUGACUUCGUACCAUAGAAUGCUGCUACAUCGAGUGGCUGCCUACUUUGGCAUGGAUCACAAUGUUGACCCCACUGGGAAGUCUGUCAUCAUCAACAAAACUAGCAAUACAAGAAUACCAGAUCAAAAAUUCUCAGAACACAUAAAAGACGACAAAACGGAUGAUUUCCAAAAACGCUACAUUCUCAAAAGAGACAACGCCAGCUUCGACCGGGAAGACGGCAUGAUACGAAUGCGCCUGAAAGACGACAGGAGAAGCAAAUCUAUCGAGGAGAGGGAGGAAGACUAUCAGAGAGCCAGGGACAGGAUAUUUGCACCAGAUGGAGAUCAUUUCCAUCUAGAUGGAAGGAGCCCUGAUGAAGAGGCUUGUAUCAGCACACAACAGAGGCGGCAACUCUUCAGACUAGGGGACGGGCGGUCAGCCAGCAGUAGACAGAGCAGCUCUGAGAAUGACCCCAAGAACUGUGAUGCCCGGCCGUGGAGCAGCACUGAUUCAGACAGCUCCAACCGUAACCUGAGGCCGACCAUGACCAAGGCCAGCAGCUUCAGCAGCAUCUCUGUCCUCAUCAGAGGAGACAGCUCAGCCAGCAGCAAGAGCACCGGACGCCUCUCCAAAACAGGUUCUGAGUCUUCUAAUAGUGUAGGGUCUUCUACGAGUUCCAUCUCUCGCCCCCAAGUACUCCACCUGCCUCUCCCUGUCCCAGCUGCUCUAACCCAGGCAGCCGGCCUUGUCGGGGGCCCCAGCACGGUGCUACCUACACCCUCCUCUGCGUCCUCCGCUGCCACGGCCCCCAGCAGUAGUAGAGCUUCUGUACACUGUGAUCGGGGCAGCAGGAAUGGCCCGGCGCCUGCAUCCGGCCCAGCGCCAACCCAGGCCACUGCUAAUGCUGCUAGUUACUAUUUGCUUCCCCCGGAAGCCACAGGGAUACCGCCUGGCAGUAUACUGGUCAACCCACACACAGGCCAACCCUUUGUGAACCCUGACGGCAGUGCUGUGGUCUACAACCCCUCGAUGACCUCACAGCAAGGUGGGAGGAGCCAGCAGCCCUUGGCCCCUCCCCUACCGCCCCCAGCCCCGCACCAGCCAGCCAAUCACGUCCUCUCCCAGCCGGUUCGGCAUCUCCAGCCCUCUGCUCCACAGCCGAUCCAGUACUCAACCAUCUCUUACCCUCCUCCUCAGUUCCUGCCACUCUCCUCUAACCAACAAUACACUUUGCAAGAAGGGCUGGCUGCCCAGUUCAGCCACAUGAGUGUGGUGCGCCAGGCGUCCAGCGACGUCACUAACGGCGGCCCCCACCCUGCCAUGUACCCCUCGGGCCCUGUGGUGCUCCAGGCCCCCCUGCAGCACCAGCAGACUGGCUACAUGGUGGCCCCUCCAGGGCCCCCUGUGGUGGGGCAAACCCAGGCCUACCCCGGCCCUGCACACCCUAUGAGCCAGCCGGUCAUGCAGCAGCAGCAGGGCUACAUGCCACAGCAGAUGCACACAUGUUACUGUGCUCCAGCCCAGGACCCCCACUCCCACUGCAACCAGCACUAUCGCCCUGUCAGCCCCGUGCACUACACCAGCCCCCAGAACCAGCCUCUUCCCCAGCAGCCAGGUUACCACGCUGUGAUGCCAAAUCAGCCCCAAGGCCCUCAGCAUCAGAACCUGGUGAACAACCAGCAGCACAGCAAUAUGGGAAAUCACAUGACGGCCUUCAUGGUCCAGUACCCUUCAAUGCCGUCUUAUCAGGUAUCAAUGCCCCAGGGGUCUCAGAACAUGCCUCCACAUCAGCAGGCAUGUCAACAGCCCAUGAUGAUCCAGAGCCAUCCAAGCCAAGCUCCCAUGGCCAUGUCAGGCAUGCAGGUUUACUACAGUGUCAUGCCCCCAAAUCAACACAGCACCAUGAGUCCAUCGAUGGGUUUCUUACCUCCUGCUGGGGCAGAGCAGAUGCAGUUUCCCCGGGCUUCGUCUCCAUGUGGAACCCAGCAGCUACCAGGACAGCAGUGCUCAGGUGUGCUCCCCGGUCCUCACAGUGGUGGGAUGGUGAUGAUGCAGCUGACCCUGCCCCCUAACCACCAGCCCACAGCCCACUCCCCUCCACAGUGGAAACACAACAGAUACUACAGUCUGGAUCACACACGCAGCCAGAGGUCCUCAGAACAACUAAACAACUCACAGAACAGUCCCCAGCUGGGCUGCCCCAGCACGCCUCCAGCCCAGCCCCAAGCCCCAACCCACCAACUCACCUCCAUAAAGAACCUCCGCUCGGCCGGCCUCACCCCCAUCCCCAUAAUGACCCAGUUCCCCAGACCCUUCGGCCCAGGGCAGGCAGUGGACGGCAGAUACCCAUUGCUGGGUCAACCCCUCCAGUACAACCCUGCCAUCAGGCCUCCACUGAUCCAUGGCACACACCACAUGAUCCCCAACCACCACCACGGCCCAAUGGGAAUCCGGCAUCAUGGGGGGCGAGGGAGGAGACCACCACCUAGGAAGUCAUUAUCAUCAGAUCUUAGUGUAGGUGACCCAGUGAACGGUGGAGUCCUGGAGGUGCUGGAGCUACCAGAGGGCAUCAGUCGUACGGAGGCAGACUCUCUCCUGGGGGAACUGUACAGAGGAGGGGCCAUGAUCAAGUGGUUGUCUGAGACCCAACAGCACCAACACCAGUCUGGUGAAACUCUGCUGAAGCACUGUGGGGCUGGGGGGGACGGUAACAACGGUGACACAAACACUGACACUACUUCCUGUUCCAAACCCCCCAGUAGUAACCAUAACGACCUGGCGUCCACCUACACCAUCCUGGCUGUGUUUCCCUCCAGGUACGCAGCUCAGAACGCCUUGCUCAGACACAGUGGCCCUGCCGGCCCUGGGCCCCUUCUUACCACCACGUUCAAACUCAGAACUAGCAAGAGACACUCUGAUGAGUUUCACAACCAGGAGAGGACCACCUCUCAAUAGCAGGGUGGGGUGCUGUAGCCAGCCAACCAGGAGAGGACCACCUCUCAAUAGCAGGGUGGGGUGCUGUAGCCAGCCAACCAGGAGAGGACCACCUCUCAAUAGCAGGGUGGGGUGCUGUAGCCAGCCAACCAGGAGAGGACCACCUCUCAAUAGCAGGGUGGGGUGCUGUAGCCAGCCAACCUGGAGAGGACCACCUCUCAAUAGCAGGGUGGGGUGAUAUGUUACUAGGGCCCCUGAGAGGUUGUUCUAGGGGCUCCCACGGGCUACUAUGAGGGGCUGCCGGUCACGGGCCCUCGCCAUGGCCCCUCCACCCCACCUCCACUGCUGCCAUCGGCCAACCAAUCAGACACCCCUCUUCUGCAAGCAUCACUCACUAGUCUCCACUCCCCACCGGACUGACAGACAGACUGAUGGAGUAUCACUCGGUUGGCAUUACCUAACAGCUUUUUCACUUGAGUUGUAGAGGCUUUCUGGGAAUGUGUUAAUGCCUUUGGAACGUUCUCUACUUUUUGAGAUGAAAAUGUGUAAAAAAGGAUCUGACAACACACCAAUGUUGAAACACAAAGACACAGACAGAAAAACAGGAAUGAAGUUCCUAAAGUGUCAUAUUUUAUUUGCAGACAGAACAUGGUCAAGGAAGCAGCAUGUUUUAUUUCGUUUUAUGUUUGUUAAAAGCUGCAGUCAGAACACCCAAAGCAGGGUUGUACUCGUUCAUUACAAUAAUAUACCAAGUGUCUCUCAUUGGACAAGAGUGUCUCUCAUUGGACAAGAGUGUCUCUCAUUGGACAAGAGUGUCUCUCAUUGGACAAGAGUGUCUCUCAUUGGACAAGAGUGUCUCUCAUUGGACAAGAGUGUCUCUCAUUGGACAAGAGUGUCUCUCAUUGGACAAGAGUGUCUCUCAUUGGACAAGAGUGUCUCUCAUUGGACAAGAGUGUCUCUCAUUGGACAAGAGUGUCUCUCAUUGGACAAGAGUGUCUCUCAUUGGACAAGAGUGUCUCUCAUUGGACAAGAGUGUCUCUCAUUGGACAAGAGUGUCUCUCAUUGGACAAGAGUGUCUCUCAUUGGACAAGAGUGUCUCUCAUUGGACAAGAGUGUCUCUCAUUGGACAAGAGUGUCUCUCUUUGG